AUGGUUGGCCAUGGAUCCUGAGUACAGCCUCCAUGAUGUGGCACGGUGUCAUCUUUGUGAGAGUCCGGGCCCCCAGUUACACUGUAUCAUUUGCAAAGAAUAUCUGUGUAAAUACUGUAAGGAAAAACAUCUUUCUGAUGAAUUCAAAGAACACAAAGCGGUACCUUUGAAAUUUAUUUCUAAAUGUAAAAAACAUUCUUUAAAAAUAUGUUAUCUUUUCUGCGAACGUUGUAACGUUCCACUUUGUGGGGAGUGUGUUUCUUCUGGGAAACAUAAUGAUCAUGACUUUGCUAACGUAGUGGAAAAACUCGAAAACAAAAAAUGCGUUUUGAAAAAAGAUUUAAAAGAGCUUAAGAAAAGCAUUUAUCCUAAAUAUUGUGAGAUAGUAUCUGGUUUUCCAAUUCAGAAAGCUGAUCUGAAUAAAAACUUUCAAAAAUUAAUAACAGUUAUCAACAAACAUGGAGAAGAAAUGCGCAGAGAAAUAGACAAUGCUAUGAAGGAACUAAAAGCUGAUCUUUUUGAAAUGAACUCAAGACAUCUUACCGCCCUAGACUGGCAGGAAGAUAAAAUCAAACAUAGUGUUUCUGAAAUCACACAUUUCAUUUCUGAUCUGAAUAAAUUACUGAAGACCAAUAAGAUGAAUAAAAUUUGUGCUUACAAAUCCAGGAAUUCUGAAUUCAAAAGAUACCCCACAAAACUUCAACUCAGCUUACCAAGUUUCAUCCCUCAAAAGAUCAAUAAAGAACAAAUUUAUCAACAGUUUGGAUUUCUGCCAGCGUUAUCUAUCAAACCGCUCAUUGAUAAACCACAGAUCAUUGCAUCUAUAAACACCGAGUAUAGAGGUUUAAAAAAUGUGUCCUGUCCAAGUGAUGAACAAAUAUGGACAUGUGGUUUUAAUGACAUAGUCAUGAGACUCUACAACCUGCAGGGAGAGGUUGUUAAGUCAAUCCAAACUAAGACCCUCCAAGGGCCAAGGCACAUGUCAGUGACAAGGAAUGGAGAUCUAGUUUACACUGAUGAAGAUGCUCGAACUGUAAACAUAGUAAAGAAUACACAGAUACAUUUCAGGGUCAAGGUCAUCAGACUACGUAGGUGGAGACCUCUUUAUGUCUGUAGUACCUCGUUUGGAGACUUCUUGGUUCUAAUGGACAGUGAUGAUGAAAGGCAAACAAAAAUUGUGCGUUACUCUGGCUUCAAAGAAAAACAAAGUAUUCAGUACAAUCCCAUGGGACAUCCUUUCUAUGUAUCCGGAUUUUCCCCUAAAUAUAUAUGUGAGAACAGAAACCUAGACAUCUGUGUGGCUGACCUUAGAGCCGGUGCAUUAGUGGUGGUCAGUCAGGCCGGACAUAUCCGGUUUACCUACACCGGUCCUUCCUCCAAAGCCAGGAAAACAUUUAGUCCAAUCGGCAUUACUACAGACAGCCAGAGUCGAAUACUGACUACAGAUUGUUACAACAACUGUAUCCACAUCCUAAACUACGACGGACAGUUUCUCUGCUACAUUGACAACUGUUACUUACAGGAUCCACGUGGUUUAUGUGUGGACACCAGGGACAACCUCUUUGUCGCCGAAAGGUCAGGUAGAGUGAAAAAAAUCAAAUACUGCAGAUAAUUAAACUGUGUGAAUUAUAUUAGAUCAAUACACAUGUAAGUUUACUUAUGCUGUUGACUUUACUUAGUGAAUAUUAUUUGUGAACAGUAUAUAAUAUGUAAAGAGUCUGAAUGAGACAUUUAUUUUAGCAACUUACUUUGUGAAAAUUAAAUGUGUAUAUAUAAAGUACAUGUAUCAGAAUGUUGAUGAAAUGUUUUGUAAUGUCAGUUGUAUAUUGGCGUUUUUCAUAUAAUUAGAGACUUUUGAAUAUAAUUAUAUCAUAUAAUCAUAAUUAUAUCUCUAAUGUUCUUUUGCAAUUGAUCUCAGUAAAAAGAAUUUAACAGACGUUAGUUAUUAAAGAUUUUAAAAAUCAAUUAAUCCUUGUCUCAUGUUGACUUUAUGUUCUAGCUGUGUUAAUAUAAAACCUACAGAUCUUUUGAUAAUCCUUGAUUAUCUACUUCAAAAACAGAAUUAAACUGGGCCUAAGAAAAAAAUGGUUUGUUUCCGCUUUCCCAACCGACCCUAGCUUUACCGCCGACUCCAAUUUUUUUUAAGGAUAUUUGAAAGAAAAUCGUUUGUUUCCGUUUUCAUCCGAUAUGGAAAAGUUUUUACUCACCAUUUUGGUCACAGAAUCGCUUGUAGCAGUACUCUUUUCCAAUCAGUAUAACUCAAACGUUUUUAUUCAAAAUGGUUGUAUGUUCCCAAGUGUUGUAGAUAUUGGUAAUACUCUAAUCACUGGCAGAGGAAGAAUCUGAUAUAUAAUAUCGUUUUUCUUUGGUUUCUUUAGGCCACCUCAAUAGUCAGGAAAGAUAAAAAGUAUUUCUCAUGUUCAACCAUUCGGCAGAGUCAUUAUAUAGCUUGCAUGUAUUGAUAACAUUACAGUACUGCUCAAUACACACUGCAGUAUCUAAAAAAUUAUAUAUAUAAAAUUCCGACCUACCGACCCAACUUUUUUCAGCAUGAAAGUGGAAACAAACCAUUAUUAUAUUAGGCCUUGUUGUUACUGUCACUAGUCUGUAGAAGUUUUCUGUGAGCGGGUCAGAGAAGCUCGAUAUUAAUAUUUGACAAGUAUUAUAUCUUAAUGUUCACACAUUAGAAUUCAAAUUCAACUUCAUUUGUAUGUGAGGUAGACAUAUUUUAUCAUUAAAAAAAUAUUGCUAUCAAACGUUUUAUUUGUGUUUUGUGUAGAUAUCUUUGAUUGGAAACAUGUGGUGCACAGGAAUUAUAUUACUAAUCCACAACCAGUGUUGACAUGCAUGUUAAUUAAGUUUGAAUUAAAUCAUUUAUCUAUAAAUUUGAAGCAUUUGUAAAAGUAUUGAUCUUUUUCAAUUUUUGAGAUGUAUGUUUUAUUUAUAUGUGCAUGUAUUUUAAAAUUCACAACUAACAUUUAUUUUAGCAACUUAUUUGAGAACUUCGUGAAAAUAAAAUGUGAAUACAUAAUAAUGUACAUGUAUUAGAAUGUUGAUGAAACAUUUUUUAAUGUCAGAUGUAUUGUGUAAACAGCAUGUCUAUGUUUAAACAUUUUGUGUAAAUAAACAAACAUAUUGAUAUAUAAAUGUUUGGAAUUGUAAAGUAUUAUACAACACAUUUUUAAUUGAUAAAAAAAGCUUUUAUUUUUAGAAAUGGAUAGUUCCAUCAACUUAACAUGUCGUAAGGAGAACCAUUCAACUGUACAGAUAGGUUUUUAAAGCCUCUAUAUAGGCGCUUUUCAUCUAAUUAUAGUUUUUGAAUAUAACUAUAUCAUCAAAAGAUAAACUGUUCUUUUGCAACUGCGCUCAG